GUAAGCUCCUCAGCAAAGAAAAAUGCCAAUUGAACUCCCUCUCUCUCUCUCUCUCUCUCUCUCUCACUCAGUUGAAGUCAAAUCUAGGAAAUUAAGGAACGGACUCCAUUGACAUUUGACAUUUCCAGAGGUCCUUCAGUUUUCAUUGUCUUUAAAUUUAUCACUGGGCAGGGAAGAUCAAAUGGCAGCGUCUGCUUCAUCGGUGGUCAUGCCCGUUUUGGAGGCAGGGCACAUGGGAGCUGUUCAUGAAGGAGGAUAUCUUUACAGCCACUCAUUCAAUAAGAACUCGGGUAUGAGGUGCACAGUGAGCGAGAUCGAAGAGGAGAGCUUCAGCGACCUGUUCGAGAUCGGACAAUCUGGAUCUGUUGCUGUUCCAGGAAAAGAAGAUGUUUCCGAAAGCAGCUUGUUCUCGUAUGACAUUCACCGAGGUGGAGAGGUGGAGGACGAGGACUGUGUCUAUGUGGCAGUUGGGAAGGAGGACUCGAGCAUGGACGCGUUGAUGUGGACCUUAAGGAACAUUCAGGCCAUUUCUGCCACUAUGACGACCACCAUCUAUCUGGUCCAUGUCUUCCCUGAGACUCACUUCAUUCCAAGUCCAUUGGGAAACCUCCCAAUAAGCAGUGUCAGUGCAGAGCAGGCGGAAACUCACAAAAUGCAGGAAACAGUCAAGAGGAGAGAAAUGCUUCAGAAGUUUGUGAAUACUUGCAACGCUUACAACUUUAAGGUGGACACCAUAUUAAUCGAGAGUGGCAUGGUGGAAAAGGCUAUCCUCGAUCUCAUUCCUGUUCUCAACAUAAGACAGCUAGUGCUUGGAACGCCCAGGUCCAGUCUCAGGAGGCUGAGGUCUAAGAGAGGAAAUGGGAUUGCCGGGAUACUGCAGAAGGCACCUGAGACCUGCAAGGUCAAGAUCAUAUGCGAUGGGAAGGAGGUGGUGUUGGAUCAGACGAUUACCGAGUCCCCUGCAAGAACUCCCGUUGGCAACGAAGAGGGAUCCGAUUGUACGAAGCAAGGGGAAGAAGAAAACCAGUGCAGGGACUACUUUUCUUGCUUGUGUUUCAAACCCAAGACUCUGUAAAUUAUGUCCUGUCAUUGUGAUUCAUGUAAACACAUUCUUCUGCAUUAUGAGAGAUAAUAACUAGAUGUGUAUAUAUAUUACAACUAUGUCAUAUAACACUGAUCAAUUUUUCUCCAAGAAAACACAAGACAAUUGGGUGUA